AUGGUAGCCAAAAAAGACUACCAUGCACCCAAGCAUCCGGAUCUGGAAAGGAUUCCCAACCUUCAGGUUAUUAAGGCAAUGCAAUCACUUAAAUCAAGAGGUUAUGUGAAGGAACAGUUUGCAUGGAGGCAUUUCUACUGGUAUCUUACAAAUGAAGGUAUUGAGUACCUAAGGAUCUUCCUCCAUCUUCCACCUGAAAUUGUACCUGCAACUCUUAAACGUUCAGUACGCACUGAGCCGGUCCGCCGUGGGGCUGUUGGCAGGCCUGAUGCUCCAGCUCGAUCAGCUGAGGACCGUUCCAUGUACCGCCGUGCCCCUACCACACCUGGUGCACCACAUGAUAAGAAGGCUGAUGUUGGUCCUGGCUCCUCAGAUUUAGAAUUUAGAGGAGGAUUUGGACGAGGCAGACCAGCUCCC